GGAGGCAUAGUCGUCCAUGAGAAAGAAGCCGGAGAUCUGUCCACUGUUCCGGCUGUUAGCUGUCGUCCUGGGGCGCUGCGGUUACGACACGUACCUGAUAUAACCAAAGAUGAAGCCGCCAAUACUGGCGAUGGCUCCCAGGGAGCACGCCAAGAGCGUGACCCUUUCCUUCUCUGCGAUAUUCGACAUUUUCCUUGCCUCUUGGGGUAAAAUGUCGUGUGGGAUAGGUUUAGGGGAGAGGGAGGGGAGGUUCAGUCAAUGAUGGCCUGGGUUUUGCUCGGGUGGAAUGCAGCAGAGGCGCCAGUCAACCUUGUUGUCACUACGUCUUCGACUCUGGCGUGUGCAACGAACAAGGAGAGUUCAGGACGGACGGUUCCCCAUUCGAGCUUUGAGGGAAGCUUUACUCCUCCAUCUCCAUCUCUCAUUCCGCUGCGUCCGCGGCCUGCCCGACUUUUUUUCACCCCAGCGGAUGGGAUGGCCUUGCCCUGCCCGGCACGUGCGACGGCAUUUGCUCCACGCGCGACGCUUCACGAUGGACAAGAUUCCCACAUUAGUCUGUGUCUUCCGCAUUGAGGCCGAGAAAGGCAUUGAUUCAAGGCGCCGUUGUGGUGAUACCAGUCAAGACCCGCAAGAUUGUAGUGGGACGAUAUCGACACUUGGACGUCUCGGGCCGAUUCCCAAGACAAUCGACCGGGAAAGCCGUCGAGCGGUCCACCGUUCUGGCGGUCUUCUAGAAUGCAGCAAUUGUUUCCGCGUGGUAUGUCAUCAUCAGGGGGUGAAGAGCAGUGAGGCGGGCGUUGUUGAAUGAGGUGAUGCGGUGCGUCGGGAGAGGCUGCAUGCUUCAGCUCAGGAACAGGCGGACGUGAAGAUCGCGUCCACUCCGGAGGGUUCAGUCACGUCAAUUCCAGACUUUCCGUCUUAUCAGAUCGGAGAUUUUGUUGCCUG